GCGGCGCGUUUCGCGAUGUCAGCCACAGAGGACGUCGGGACGACGCACCAUGGACGUCGCCGUCGUCGCCUCCGUCGUCGUCGUCGCUGCCACCGGGAUCAUAUACUAACAGACGCUUCCGGAAACGAGGCGACGCUCGCGAGCAUGUGCUCCUAGACACCGUUCUCGUCCGCGACGGUUUUGUCUCGACGACGACGAGGAGAAGAAGGCCAGGUGCGAUCUCGCGAGGACGCGCGGUGCUCUCUGAAUCGCAGCCCGCACGGCCGCGCCGUUCGCUUCCGGUAAUCGAUCGGCUCGAUUCGCUGCGACCAGGCCGACAAGAUGGGCUCUGUAGUGCUCAAGUCGCUCUCGGUGCUGCUCGGUAUAUUCUUCGUCUUCGUCGGCACGAUGAAGCUCACGUCGCACAUCAGCAAGGACCUGCACAAGGACCUGAGGAAGGAGUACGUUAAGUACGCAAAGGUAUUCCCGCUCUCCGGCACGCUCGACUUCAAGGUACCCAGCAAGUGGUAUCGAAGAGUCGUAGGAACGCUCGAGAUUAUCUGCGGCUUCGCCAUGGCAAUUAUUCCAAGUCACAAAGUUAAAAAUGUAUCAAACACAGUGCUUCUACUGUUGAUGCUGAUGGCUGUGUACUCUCACUACAUGGUUAAUGACAAAUUUGAGAGGAUCGCCCCGGCACUGGUGUUCUUCUUUCUGCUGACGGGGCGAUUGGUGAUCGACUGGCAGCUGAGACGACAAGAAGCACAAUCGGUGACGGCGAAUGGCGUCGACGACAAAGCUAAGAAGCAAGACUGAGCAGGAUUAUGGCUGGAGAAUUCGUGUUCGUCCGUUUUCACGUUGACCCACUUGAUUCUAUUGUCUCAUCUCUGGAACACUGGACCAACUCUGACCAUUACUUACUUUAUUUAUUUCAAACGUACUCUCUCGCUUCCAUUGUUUCAGAAAUGGAAUUUCUAUGUCAAAAUACCAUUGUAUGAUUAUAUCGGACAGGGCUCGAUAUCGACUCAUAUCGAAAAACUAUGUAAAAUCUGAAAAUAAGGGAAACGGUAAUUAUAGGAAUCACGUGGGUUAAGUUUGUAUAAAGUUUGUACGUCUCUCCAAGAGUAAAAACGAGGCACAGGGAUCGAAUUUAAGGUGAUUAUUUAUAACGCGAAUAGCGAAAUGAAUUUUCGUUGCACUUUAUGUCCACUUUGCGCACUAUUAUUGCAGUAUGAAAAACAUCGUUAAAUUCUCGGACGCGAUGAGAUCCGUCAUUAGAUUAGAAAUUAUGCGAAGAAGCAAUUUUUAAUAGUCUUAUCAUGUUUGUAAUAUCGACACAGGUUAUUUACUCAAGUAAUAUGCAAUGGAUCAAUUUUCCUCGAGACAAUUUAGAGAUUAUUAUUAUUACAGAUCUAAUAUAAAAUCCGACAGCAAUCACACAGUUCAAUGAAAAAUUGUUAAAAUGUCGUUUUUGCUAAUCGACGAUAGUAUUUCAUUCUGCAACAUCACUCUCAAAGACUACCGCAUCAAUGUCGAUUGAUGCUAUAGCUGGCCAUGAUUAUAGAAAAAUGAUUUCUCUCUGUUUAUAUUAUAGUUAAGGCAACAAUAUGAAAAAAGAACAAAGGAUUACUAAUGGACAAUUAUUAGGGAUUAUUAGUAAAAUCAGUUUUGUGUGUAAAUUAGCUUGGUUAAAUGAUUCUGGUAAUUUUCUGCCUUUUCCAAUAACUUUUAUAAUUAUAAUACAAGCAACUCUAUAUGUAAUACAAGAUGCUGUAAUAUAAACAGCUGUAAUAUAAUAUAGAUAACCAUGAUAGUAAAACAUGAUAGAGAUAAUCAUAAUAUAGACAAUUAUAAAUAACUAUGACAUGUAUGUAAUGUAAAACAGUUAUAAUGAAGACGAUUAGCUAUAGUAUAAACAGAGAAAAGAGAUUUGAUUUGCCAUGCAUAAUAUCAGUCGACAUCGGUACGAUUGACCUUGAGUGACAUUAGCUUAAGCACGAGGUACUAACUGCCACUUUGAAUGAAUGCGUCCUUAUAAUGUUGUGCGAGCGUGCGUGUAUGAACAUACUACGAGAAAUGUUUCAUAGUAAUCGGGACACAUGUGUGCAUUAGUAUUAAUUUAUUCCUUAAAAGCUCCAUAUACGGAUAACGAGUGUGAUCGGACAAUUUGAUAAAUAAAGCUUAAGGUGAGAAACCAUCAGCAGAUAGAACUUUUUCCAAUUACCAAUUACCAAUCGACAUCUAUGAUAGUUGCAUAUCUAUCUGCAAUAUCCGGUGGAUUUUCGGAAGGCUUCUUGGGAUUCAUCGAUUUUGUGGAAUGUUUAUUCGUGAUAUACCUUAAAGACACUUGAGAGUAACUCUGAAAAAUCCCUUUUCCGCAAAGUUUCACAUGUAAUUUAACGUAAGACGAAAAGUAAGACGAUAAUUUGUCUAUUGGUCUGAAAAAAUUUACAUCAUGCCUUCUGUUGGAAGCUUCUUAACACGUCGAAACAUUUUUUGUAUAUAAAAUUGCAAUAAAAAACAUGUCUGAAACACUA